AUGACCAUCGACGCAGAAAAGGCCCCUCCUGCGGGCGACGUACCUAUCGUCGACGGCAGAAAGGGCUCUCUUCGAGCCGGUAGCGUCGACGACAUCGUUGUCAUGGACAAACUGGGCUACAAGCCAGAACUGAAUCGCAAUCGAUCAAUGGCAACGCUGUUGUUUCAGUCCCUGGCCAUCGCCGCCAUCCCGUACGGAGAAGGUGGUCCAUUGAUCUCGGCCAUCUACGGCGGAGGUCCGCUUGCCAUAUUUGUCGGCUGGAUUGUUGUCCUUGUUCUGGAUGAAUGCAUUGCUCUCUCCUUGGGCGAGCUGGCUUCGAGAUAUCCCACCUCUGCUGGACCGUACUAUUGGUCUUUUCAACUGGCAAGCAAGGGGAAGACCACCCUAUCGUUUAUUACAGGCUGGGUAUGGCUCGUAGGGAAUUGGACAAUCACCCUCUCGGUCAAUUUCGGAUUCGCUUCGCUGAUUGUUGCGAGCGUCGCAAUGUAUCAUCCAGAGUGGGUUGCAAAGGACUGGCAACUGCUCCUGAUUUUCUACGCCAUCUGCUUGAUGACCCUGGUCAUCUGCACUUUCGGGAACCGAUUCCUGCCCAUGGUUGAUACGAUCUGCGCAGCCUGGACGGCGGUGAGCAUCAUUAUCAUCCUCAUCGCACUCUCGGUCAAGGCGGACGUCGGGAGACACAGUGCGAGCUAUGCGCUCGGCCACUACGACAAGUCUUUCUCCGGCUGGGGAGGAUUCACCUUCUUUAUCGGUCUGCUUCCCGCGGCAUACACGUUCUCGGCUAUCGGAAUGAUAUCGGCCAUGGCAGAGGAAUGCUCAAACCCCACCGUCAAGGUCCCGACGGCCAUCAGUCUGUGCGUGCCCGUGGGUGGCUUCGCCGGCCUGUUCUUCAUUUUGCCCAUCUGCUUCACCCUGCCUCCGCUGGAAGACGUCAUUGCAGCACCGUACGGUCAGGCGCUCCCUUAUAUCUUCCACACAGUCAUGGGCACACCUGGAGGUGGUCUGGGCCUCAUCUUCCUCGUCUUGAUGAUCACCUUGUUCUGCAGCAUCAGCAUCACUGUGGCCGCGUCGCGGUGCACGUGGGCAUUUGCUCGAGAUGACGCCAUUCCACUCUCUCGCGUCUGGUCCAAAGUUAACGGCAACCUGGGCGUGCCCGUGUAUGCGCUGAUGCUCACGACGGUGGUGCAGAUGCUGCUCGGCCUGAUCUAUCUGGGCUCGUCGUCGGCCUUCCUGGCCUUUGUGUCCGUCGGCGUGAUCGGCCUGGCUGUGUCGUAUGCGAUCCCGAUCGCCAUCAGCGUCCUGCACCGACGGAAAGAAGUCUCGACCGCGCGCUGGAACUGCGGCCCGAUCGUUGGCCCGAUCGCCAACGGCGUGGCCCUGUGCUGGAUCACGUUCGAGGUCGUGCUCUUCAGCAUGCCCUCCGCUCUGCCCGUCACGGUGGUGACGAUGAACUACGCCAGCGUCGUCUUCGUCGGCUUCAUGUUCAUCUCGGCCGUGUGGUACAUCGUGUACGCUCGCAAGGCGUACAAGGGCCCGCCCGCAUCUGAUGGGAUUACCGCCGAAUGA